UCCAUCUAUUGGUUAUUUUUGAAGGUUUUACCAUAUGACUGAAAACUGAAAACAUUUGAAAAGGUUAACACGAUAAAUGAAUAUUAUUUGUUCCAACUAAUUUGUUAAUUGUAAUCACUUUAAUUCUCAAGAUGAGUAAACCAUUGAAAAAAAGCUUAUUGACUUUUUCUCAACUCAGAAAAGGCGUUUUUAAUGAAUUUGUUAAUAAUUCAAAAUCUCAAGGAUUAACAUGGAAACGAUUCCCUGGAUUAAACAAGUACCUGAAAGGUUUUCGUCCUGGUGAACUCACUGUAUUGACUGGACCAACAGGGUGUGGAAAAACAACCUUUUUAUCUGAAUAUUCAUUAGAUCUUUGUCUUCAAGGAAUACCAACUCUAUGGGGUAACUUUGAAAUCCAAAAUACUCGCCUCUGUAAAACGAUGAUUAAUCAACUUGCGCAAAAACAAUUGUAUAACAGUAUAAAUGAGUUUGAUCACUGGGCUGAUAAAUUCACUUUACUUCCAAUGUAUUUCAUGAAUUACCAUGGAGCUGAAGCGUUUGAGAAUGUAUUUGCCACAAUGAAAGAGGCAUCAACAAAUCAUAAAGUUGAACAUAUUAUCAUUGAUAAUCUACAAUUCAUGAUGGGAACUCGAAAUAAAAAGUAUUUCCAUUUGGACCGUUACGAGUAUCAGGAUCAUGUUAUCGGCUCAUGUCGCAGUUUCGCCACUGAGAAAAAUUGUCAUAUAACUUUGGUUAUCCAUCCAAGGAAGGAGGAUUCAGGAGAAUUAACUUUAAAUUCAAUUUUCGGUGGAGCCAAAGCAAGUCAAGAAGCCGAUAAUAUCUUAAUCUUUCAAGUUGAAUGGAAAAAUAAUACUCGACAGCGAAAGUAUUUACAAAUUAGCAAGAACCGAUUCGAUGGUGAUCUAGGAAGUAUAACACUUAAAUUCAACAAAGAAACUCAAGGAUUUGGUACAAGUUCAGGGAGACCCACUCAAAUCACCGAGGAUAUUCAGAUUGAUUAGAUAGACAGUUCAGUGUUAUUAUUGUCCAAUUAACACUUUGACUGAGAUUUUCUGCCAAUUGUGCCAUUAGUUUACUAAAUCCAUAAAACCAAUCAAUUGACUUAACUUGAUCCAUUCGCUGUGAUAAAUAUUUUCCUGGAUUAAAUUUUCUAGACAUUUGUAAAUUUACUUUCUCUCAUAAUACAGUCUCUCCAACUAUUAAUAUUAUAAACUAAAUCAACUGUUAAUCUUGUAACACAAUAAGAAUAACUUUUCCAUCUCAAUCAACCUGUUAUAAUAGUCAACUAUCAUCACCAGACGAAAAAUAAAUAAAAACAAAUUAAAAAGAUCAAAA